AAUGCGCCCAGGCAGCUUCGCUCACGAUGCUCUUCGGCGCUCAAACCUUGAGUCAAAUUGUGGUUACGAAAAGAAAGUCGAAACAUAGAGUUGUAUUCGAACUUUGACUUGCCUUGCCCGUGCUAAUACGCAAACAACUCAAAAUGAAUAAGGAUGUAAAUAGACAGUGAGAAUGGAUUAAAAUGGGGAAGAGAUCAAAAGAAAAGAGGCUUGCAGAAACUGCUGGGAGGAGAAGACAAACCAUUCAGUUGGAUGGAUUGACAAGAAGAGCAGGGCCAGCAUAUAAUGGAGAAGAAAGCUAUAGCCAGCCUAUGUCACUCAGAGCCACCAGGGUGUCUGGUAUUGGUUUACUUGGUGCUUACACAGAAGAGAGUGAUAAUGAAUCAGACACUGAAGGCCAAUUAAAUAUGCCAGAACAAAAUGCAGUAUUGUCUGAUUCAAAAAGGACUGGACAUCAAAUGGAAGACCAGCUGGCAGGUUUUCUAGCUGAAAUCAACGCCAUUGGGGAUGAUAAUAUAACCAAGCCAGCUGAAACUACUGCCAAUAAUGUUGUCUAUGAUCCUUGUAACUUUGAUCCACACACACAAGCUCAUUUGCUUCCAACCAGUUGGCAAGCAGUUUAUGACGAAAGCAGUGGAUAUCAUUAUUAUUGGAAUUCCGAAACAAAUGAAGUGCAGUGGGAGCCACCCCCAGCUACAGAGGUCCAACAAGGUCCUUUACCAGAACCUCUUCCUUCGUCUCUGAAUGUGGAGAGUAGCCAGAAGAUUAACGACAAUGAAGGGUCAGCCGAUGAGAUGCAACCAGCUGGUCCGAGCCUUGAAGAGUUUGAGGCAAAUGAAGAGGCAAGACGUCGUAAAGAAAUGGCGGCCAAACUUGCAGGCUUGAGCAAGAAAGAGCGGAUUAAAUUACUUUUGCAGAAAAAUAACUUGUCUCUUGGAGAAAAUGUAGACGAAACAUCACCAAUGGAAGGUGGGGCACCUGGGUGUGAAACAGAGAAUAGCUGCGAUUCUGCAGCUGUCAACACAACAGAGUCGGGUCAGGUGACCAAUGAAGAACCAAAACAGGACACUGUUGCGAGCCUUGUUCUUGGCUAUGAUAGCGAGGCAUCAGAUAGCGAGACCAUGCCUGAUUCCAAGGAAAUCGCGGAUUCAAAUUUAGCUAGUGAAAGUUCAAUGCAAAUUGAAAAUGCGGGCAAUGUGCAGAGUGCUGUGGCUGAAAAUGUUAAGACGAUUCAAACGUUGAUUGAAGAGAAAAACACGGCGAUUAAUAUUCCUGCUUGCGAUAACUUUUCUAAGGCUGAAACAGCUUUGGUUGGCGAGGCUAAGGGACCAAGCGAUGUGAACGGCAAAGAUGCACUUGCAAUGGAAGUUGGGAGUCCUAUCAACGCUGAAAACGAUAGUCAGGGAAAUGACAGUAAUGCAAAAGAAGACCUUGUUAUCACAAGCGAGUAUGGUUUAGAUGAAAAUAUUGCAAAUCAAGAGGAUGUUGAAAUGACCCCCAAAAUUGAAAACGUUUCUACGGAAGUAGAGAAUGCACAAAGCAAUCAAAAUAAAGAAUCUUUUGAUGGACGUGAGAAAGAAAAUGCAGACAUUCUGUCACCUUCUGAUGGGAACCGUGGUUCUAUAGACCACGAUAUUGAAAAGAAAGAGUUUUCAGUUGAUAUUUUUGCUGAGGAAUCUGGAAAUGAAGCAGAGAAUGUUCAGGAGGAGGAAAGCCAGAAACAAAAAAGUGAAGUUGAUAAAGAAUCGAAGAAUGAGGGAUUGAAGGAAGGACUACCACUAGAAAUUUCUGGUAAUGAUGAUGGUAUAAGUAAGAUGGAUGAAGGGAAGAAGGCUGUGUCUGAGGAGAAGGAAAAAGAGACGAAUAAAGAGAAAGAGAAGGAGAAAGUAAAAGAAAAAGAGAGAAAAAGCAAAAGUAAAGACCGAAAAAAGGAUAAAAAGAAAGAUAAAGAUAGGAAGGACAAAGAAAAGAAGGACAAGGAAAAGAAGGAGAAGAGGCAUAAGGAGGAACGAAGCCACAGGGAAUCGGACAGGAAAAGAAAGCAAGAAAAAGGUGAAAAGAAGAGUAGCAAGAAACAUCCUUCGAAAAGUAGUGGAUCGAGCAGACAUUCUCGAAGAUCAAAGGAAGAAGAAACAAAGCCUAAAAAGGAGCUGACAGAUGAAGAAAAAGCAAAGUUGGCAGAAGAAGAUCGUAAGGCACUUCAGGAAGAAAUUGAAAGGGAAGAGCGUCUUAGAAGUGAAUAUGAGAGAUUGAAGAAGGAAGAGAAGGUGAAAAAGGAAGAGGAGCAGAAGAAAAUGGAACUGGAGAAGAAGAGGUUGGAAGAGCUGAGAAAAGAAGAAGAGAAAAGAAAGGAAGAAGAGAUUGCAGAUUUUGCAGAGAUGUUGUUAGAGGGGGCUCUUGAUGGAGAAACAAAUGUCUCUGAACCAAAAGAGGAUAAUGUGCCAGAAAAUGUUGAUGACAUGGAAAUUAGUGACAACGAAACUGAGGAUUCGAGACCACCGCUACCACCAAUGCCUCCACCCGAAGAUGAGCCUCCAUUUCAAACCGAAGUGCGACCGAACGAUCAUGAAGUCGAUGACGAUUUUUACAAGCAACAAGAAGCAAUGCAUUCAAAAAUAUCAGACCUUUCCAUCCUAUUGUUCGAUAAACUUGAAUUCCUUGAAGUUUCGAGGAAGGGACUGACAAACUUUCAAGUGUUGUUAAUUGAAAUGGAGACUCGUAUGAACGACUGGCGCGAGGGUGCUCUUGACUCCGAGUAUCUCGUGUACAAACUCGAGCAGAUUGAUGCGGAAAUAUGUAAAUACGAAGAAACAGCUGCACCGGACGGAUGGAGCUGCCAUUGGAGCAGCGAAUAUGGAAUGUACUAUUAUUAUAAUGAAGAAACUGGAGAGUCAACGUGGAGCUAUCCGGCAAGCACCGCUCAAGACACUGGUGCUGGGCACGGCAAAAACGCGCUCGCGUACAGUGCUGCUACAUCAGAGAGCCCACCCGCACCGACAGCGCCAUCUGCAGCGCCAUUGGAGAAUUAUGGCUACGGCAGAACGAACAUGAUGAUGUGGAGAUCUGAUCUAAUCGAGAACGAGAAGAAGGAAGAAGCCAAGGCAAUAACUGAAAAACUCGAAGGAAAAGUCGCUGACCCAUAUCGCGACCCUUACCGCAGUUCUUCUAAGAAACCGGAAGCAGCACUUCCACCGUCGCCAGUGCCGACAGCAUCCACUGACCCUCCGUUGCCUCCUGGAGAAGACGAAGAUUCUUUUGCCAACCCCUGGGAAGACGGAAAUAGAAGUGGAACAUCUAGUCCAUUGCCUCAAAGUUUGCCAGUCCCUGCUUCCCAGCCAGUUCCUUCAACGACAAGAUCCCUCGUUCCAGCAGAGCUGAUGAAAUCCGGUGAUGCAGGUUAUAUUGUCGCUGCUACCACAGUCAAAGCAGCGGCACAGUUAUCAAGCAUGCCACGGGUGGCUAGUGACUCUGCACUUUUGGUUUCACAUUCUUUGCAGGCUCAUCAAAUAGCAUCGCAAGUCAGCACAAAUAUCAGUCAGGUGAAACAAGAGAAAAAGAAGAAGGAGAAAAGGAAAAAAUUGGCUUCUGGAAGUCUGCCAUCAAAGAAACUGAAAACGGUGUCAUCGUUAGUACAAAAAUGGCAGCAAGUUAAGCAAAAAGCUGACGAAGAGAUGAUGGAAGAAUCGAGUGAAGAUGAGGACCCCGAAAGAGCAGCUUUAAAGAGAAUUGAGGAAUGGAAGAGAGCGCAGAUCGACAGCGGCCGUGCCUCUUACAAUCCAAACUUUGAAGAAAUAAAAGGCAACUGGAGAGAGAAAAUCAGAAAAAAAUGAACAACAGAGAUCCCGAUUAGCUAGAGUAGCCAUUUGUCAGUACACGACAUACUGUUGCAGCCAAGUAGAUUGAGCAUUGAGCUCCGUCUUUGGAUAAUCGGCCGAAGAGUCCUAGAUUGUGCUUCCAUCGCAGCUUCCUCUGGAAAUUGCACAAUGAAGGUCUUUGAUAUAUCGUUUUGAUAACCAAGCCUUCGCCCAGCUCAUAGCCAAUCAGGGAAUUGUCUUCUUCCGAAUUCUACUUCGAGUGCACACAUUAUACAUACAUUUAGACAAACUAAGACAUUAACUGCAGCACGCUCAUUUGCAGUUACAGGUUAUAAUGGAUGACCUGGCCUCAAAGGCCUAUUAUGGAAUUAAGAAGCAGCUCAUUUCAAUUUAGACAUGCGCAAGUAGCCUUUGGUGAUAAGAGAUCACAGAGGUUUUGGAUCAGACAUUUUGACUGGAUGAUAAUCGAAUCUAUUUUUGGCAUAAUAGAGGGACAAAGUGACGUCAUCCACAAAAUACAUUCUUCGAAUCUUAGGAUUAUGACGUCAUAAGCUAUAAGAACCCCACGAGAUACCUCUUGAUGUGCGAUAUUAGUUGAAUCUUUUGCAAAUCUGCUGAGAUAUUGUCUCAUACGCCCGGGCUCUUGCCCCAUCAUAUCACUGUAAUUUGGUCCUAGUUCUAACAUCUGUGAACUAGGCCAAUCCAUUAACAAAACUUAUGUCUCCCACUGGCCAUAUCUCAGUCAAUUUCGAACAGAUUUAACUGAUUUUUCAUAGUUAGAGUUGUUUUGUGAUGUUCUUUCUCUGCAGAUCUCUACUUUAGACCUGUGUCAUUCACUUUACCGGUUGGUGAUUAAAGCCUUAAUACACGAGAGGCAAAUUUCUUUUUUAUUGAGUAUGGUGAAUUAGUUAAAAUUUUAUAAAUGUUGGUUUCCUGGCGUUUUUCUGUGACAAAAAAUAUGAUAAGUUUAUGACCUUGGAGAAGUAUAAUCUUUUAAGAAGCCUGAAUUGGAUAUUAGUUUCUUUUUAGGGAAUAGAGUCUAACUUGUAUCAGUUGGUGUAUGAUAAAGCCUAGCGAAAUUCGAAAAGAGUAGUAAUCAGUUUGAUUUAUGAAAUAAUCCAAUAGCAAACGAAAACAAACAGAUGUGCUUGUUAAGAUGUAGAUGUUCCCUGAUUGGUCCGUGACGCUUCCUUUAUAAUUUUAGUCAGUCUGACGCAAGACUAACUUUUCAAAUUGGAAAUUAGAAGUGGUAUCUCCGCACUUACAAUAGAAUCUUUUUUAUCAAUAUUACUUGAUUAAGUAUUGUAUGUGCAUUGUAUGUGUACUAGUUUUUUAUGGAGAUAUAUAAUAUAAAGAAAGAAGCUGUUGUAUCUGUGCCUCCGUGGGUUCUUAGUUUUAAAAUAUAAUAUGCAAAAUAUAUUGUCACGCAACGGACGGUAUUUGAAGAAAACUACCCAAGAAGCGAAUUAACGAACCAAACUGAAAUGGAAAGCUGUAGCGGUUUAUCUUUAGGGACAGAAGGGAAAGCAAAUGAGGUAUCUUUGGCAUGUUACCUAGAAUUCUUUUGUUUGCAAUUUCCUCCUUUCGGUUCGUUGGCCUAACCGUUCUGCGUUGCGCAUGAUUUUCGUGAAAGCGAAACGUAAACAUGGGGCACACUGGUGAGGUAUCUCUUAUUGCAUGUCUGUAGAUUAACCAAAAACCACAAUAAACAACUACAUUUGAUGCCGUGACCUAGAUGCAUUCAAAUCAAUGGAGUCUAGCAUAAGCAAUGACGCAGUUUGCAAUAGACGACGAAACUGCCAGCAGAUAGGCGGUUGCAUUCAAGCGAAAAACAGAUCAGCAGCAUUUCGAAGCAAAGAGCAUUGUUCUGUUUUGUGUUCUGACAGAAAACUGAAGCAUUUGAAGAGCUCUCCAGUCAUUACAGUAAGAUAAUACCGCUGCUUAAUCGCGAGAAGCCUCACUCAUCUUAAGUUUAGUUGCUCCCAUGCAAUGCACAAAAGCGUCUGAAACUUUUGUGUUUUCCUUCAUCAUUUUCCUUGGUUUUUUUUUCUCGAACAUAUACAAAUCAAACAAUGAAUCAGAAUGACCGGAAGAGAGGUUAAGAGGAUUGGUACAUGAUGGCGC